GUAAUUUUUGGCAGUACUAUAUUGUGUACAUAGCUAUUAUAUAUUGUACGUAACAUAUGGCCAUAUCACCCAGUUCUGGCACAUAAUUCCUAAUUCCUUCUUAUUCGUUUUCUUUCAGGACAUCGUUGAGUCCACUGCCACCAGCCCCCCCACCUCUCCCUCAUGCUCCUCCACCCCAGGCACCUCUUCCACCACCCCACCCCUUCCAAGAGGAGAGUGCCAGGGAGCAGGCGAGGCAUGAGGAGAGCGAGGCAAAGUUGGCGGAAUGGUGGAGAAGAUGUGAUUCUCCACCAUUCUCUCAAAAGCUGAGUGCCAGCUCAUCAAGUGCUUACAUUCAGCAGCUUCUCAAGGGAUGUUGCCUGCCAGACAGAAAACCUGGAAACGCAUAUUUGUAGGCACAAAGCUGUCCUUAAAGUCUAUGCAGCCCCAUUUUAAAAGUGAAGAAGACUGCGAUGCCUUUGGAGACCGUAGCACUCAGCGUGGCGCCACAUCAGAGAGCCUGGGUGUUGUCGCCCCUGGCUCCUCCUCCCACAUGUCCAGUCACAGCGAGGAACUGGUGCAGCAAACCCCAGACACCAUUUCAAUCAAGCUUGAAGAGGAUAUUGGUGGAGGCUUGCCCGCUGGAGAAGACUGCGAUGCCUUUAGAGACCGUAGCAAUCAGCGCAACGCCACCUCAGAGAUUCUGGGUGAGGACGCCCCUGGCUCCUCUCACAUGGCCAGUCACAGCGAGGAACUGAAGAUUCUGAGUGUCUACGGAAAAGGGGAGGGCCCACUGGCGGUGGACGGCCAUAACACCCUCUUCACCGCGUCUGAAGUGGAGGCCCUGAACUUGCUGUCUGCGGACCACAGUGCGGCCAAGAGCCUGGAGCGCGGCGAGCGGCUGGUCUGCCACGAGGAGCUGAGUGUGCAGCCGGAGACCCCAGACACCAUUUCAAUCAAGGUUGAAGAGGAUAUUGGUGGAGGCAUGCCCGCUGUAGAAGACGUCAAUGACAUCAGAGACUGCAGCACGCAGCGUGGUGCCACCUCGGAGAGUCUGGGUGUGGACGCCCCUGGCUCCUCCCACAUGUCAAGUCACAGCGGGGAGCUGCGGAUCCUGAGCGUUUACGGAAAAGGGGAGGGCCCACUGGCGGUGGAUGGUUGGUGGAAGGUUUCUCCCAACAAUGCCAAUAUGAUCGUACACAUGAGGACCCGACCAGACGAGAAGCCGUACGGGUGUGACCAAUGCACGAAGAGCUUCAGUCAGAAAGGCAACCUGAAAAUCCACAUGAGUACGCACUCCGGGGAGAAGUCCUACAGGUGUGACCAAUGCACGAAGUGCUUCAGUCUGAAAGGCACCCUGAAGCGCCACAUGAUGACUCACUCUGGGGAGAAACCCUACAAGUGUGACCAAUGCACGAAGCGCUUCAGUCGGACAAGCCACCUGAAGAUCCACAUGAGGACUCACUCCGGUGAAAAGCCCUACAAGUGUGACCAAUGCACGAAGGGCUUCAUUCUGAAAGGCUCCCUGAAUGGCCACAUGCUGACUCACUCUGGCGAGAAGCCCUACAAGUGUGACCAAUGCACAAAGCGCUUCAUUCGGUCAUACCGCCUGAGGAUCCACAUGAGGACUCACUCUGGGGAGAAGCCCUGCGUGUGUCUGCAGUGCAACGCCAGCUACUGCGGCCCAAGCAGUUUGCGUGUGCACAUGCUCAAGCACACUUUGACACGGGGUAACGGGACGCCCGCCUUCUCCGGUGACACCAUUUCAAUCAAGGUUGAAGAGGAUAUUGGUGGAGGCUUGCCCGCCGUGGAAGACUGCGAUGCCUUCGGAGACCGUAGCACUCAGUGUGGCGCCACCUCAGAGAUUCUGGGUGUGGACGCCCCUGGCUCCUCCCACAUGUCCAGUCACAGCGAGGAACUGCUGCAGACCCCAGACACCAUUUCAAUCAAGGUUGAAGAGGAUAUUGGUGGAGGCUUCCCCGCCCUAGAAGACGUCAAUGACAUCACAGACUGCAGCACGCAGCGUGGCGCCACCUCGGAGAGUCUGCGUGUGGACGCCCCUGGCUCCUCCCACAUGUCAAGUCACAGCGGGGAGUUGCGCAUCCUGAGCGUUUACGGACAAUGGGAGGGCCCACUGGCGGUGAACGUCCAUAACACCCUUUUUGCCGCGUCAGAACCGGAGGCCUUGAGCUCGCUGUCCGCUGACCACAGCGUGGCCAAGAGCCUGAACUGCAGCGUGCGGCUCGUCCGCCUUGAGGAGCUGACUGGGCAUCAGGGCGGCCGCAAGGGCCGGCCCGGUGUCUUUUGUGGAAAGGUUAUUCCCAACAAGGCCAAUAUGAUCGUCCACAUGAGGACCCACAACGACGAGAAGCCCUACAAAUGUGACCAAUGCACAAAGCGCUUCAGUGAUAGCUAUGCCCUGAAGAUCCACAUGAGAACUCACUCUGGGGAGAAGCCCUACAGGUGUGACCAAUGCAUGAAGUGCUUCAGUCUGAAAGACACCCUGAAUAAACACAUGAGAACUCACUCUGGGGAGAAGCCCUACAGGUGUGACCAAUGCAUGAAGUGCUUCAGUCUGAAAGACACCCUGAAUAAACACAUGAGGAGUCACUCCGGGGAGAAGCCCUACAAGUGUGAGCAAUGCAGUAAGCGCUGCAGUCGGAGAGAUGCCCUAAAUAUCCACAUGAGGACUCACUCCAGCGAGAAGCCCUACAAGUGUGACCAAUGCAUGAAGUGCUUCAGUCUGAAAGACACCCUAAAUAUCCACAUGAGGACUCACUCCGUCGAGAAGCCCUACAAGUGUGACCAAUGCCCGAUGCGCUUCAGUCUGAAAGGCAGCCUGAAGAUCCACCUGAGGACUCACUCUGGGGUGAAGCCCUACAAGUGUGACCAAUGCACGAAGUGCUUCAGUCUGAAAGGCAGCCUGAAGAUCCACCUGAGGACUCACUCUGUGGUGAAGCCCUACAAGUGUGACCAAUGCACGAUGCGCUUCAGUCAGAAAGGCACCCUGAAGAUCCACAUGAGGACUCACUCUGGGGAGAAGCCCUACAGGUGUGACCAAUGCCCGAAGUGCUUCAGUCUGAAAUGCCACCUGAAGAUCCACAGGAGGACUCAUUCCGGGGAGAAGCCCUACAAGUGUGACCAAUGCCCGAAGUGUUUCAGUCUGAAAGACGACCUGAAGCGCCACAUGAGGACUCACUCGGGGGAGAAGCCUUACAAGUGUGACCAAUGCACGAAGCGCUUCAGUCGGACAGGCACCCUGAAAAUCCACCUGAGGACUCACUCUGGGGAGAAGCCCUACCAGUGUGACCAAUGCACAAAGUGCUUCAGUCUGAAAGGCACCCUGAAGAUCCACAUGAGGACUCACUCCGGUUAGAAGCCCUGCCUGCAUUGCAACGGCAGCUACAGCGACCCAAGCAAUUUGAGUGUGCACAUGCUCAAGCACACGGGCAAUGGGGUGCUUUCACACAGGGUAACGGGGCGAGAUUGAGACCUCUGUCCGGUAUUUGUCGAAAUUACUGCUUUUAGUUUUUCUUUUCAUCAUGAUUAAACACUUUCCAGCUUUUGAUUCGCUUUGUUUUAAUUUUAGUAAUUUAUGUCUGUGUGAUUAAGAACUUAUUUCUCUGACUCUUCUAACAGCAAAAUAUUAGGAAACGUUCACAUCGUUGGUAAAUACAAAGGAAACUUGUGAGGGGAGUAUACCACGAACCUCGCUGAACAUACCCAUGCUUUCUUGGGAAAACCUGGUUCGACUCGCAGUCAGAGUUAAAUGGUUCCAUGACACUCACUUUAGAUUAAAUAAGUCGAACCAGGUUUUCCGCUUUAGGUUCAAUGCGCGUUCACAUAAAAGGUGUGUUUAUCACGUCAUUCGACUCCCCCUUGUGCAAAGUGAAUCGAGCGUGCGUGGUGUAUUAUUAUGAAUUCCUACGAGGAAUUCAAAGUCCAAAUCACAACCAAGGGGAACACGGAUGCCCAUAAUAUGGCUAGGGUGGCGUGCUGGCAAAAAAUAGCCGUCCGUGUUAAUUCGUAAGUGAAAAGAUUCUGCAUAUUGUCUAAAAAAUAUCAUGUAUCAUCAUGCCUUUUACCCCCAUAGAUGUGGUGCCAGCACGCUCCUACGAACAUGGGGCCAAGUCAAAAAUAAAUAUUAAAAUUAUAUUCAACGUGGUAAGUUGUAAGCAUCCAUUUGAAUAAUUUCAGGUGAAUCUAGCCUAUGAUUUGCAAUGGCCUAGGCUCCAACCUUUAGUCACAUGUUGAUUACCUGCAGCAAAUAAAAAUAAAACCAAAUUUAAUACGACUGG